AUGGAAAAGUAUGAAAAGUUAAGCAAGAUUGGCGAAGGCAGCUAUGGCAUUGUCAUCAAGUGCAGGCACAAGGAGAGCGGCCGAAUUGUUGCCAUCAAAAAGUUUUUGGAGACGGAGGACGAUCCGCAAAUCCGCAAAAUUGCCCUUCGUGAAGUCCGUAUGCUCAAGAUGCUAAAGCACGGCAAUUUGGUCAACUUGCACGAGGUUUUUCGCCGCAAACGCCGGUUGCACUUGGUGUUUGAGUUUCUUGACCACUCGCUGCUCGAUGAGUUGGAUGCCAACCCCAAAGGCCUGGAUGAGGUGCAGAUCAAGAAGGUCACUUUUCAAAUUCUCAAAGGCCUGGAAUUUUGUCACGCCAACAAUGUUAUCCAUCGCGACGUCAAGCCGGAAAACAUUCUCAUUUCACGCGAGAACAUUGUCAAGCUUUGCGACUUUGGCUUUGCGCGUACCGUCUCUGGCCAGGGCGCAGCCUACACGGAAUACGUGGCAACGCGUUGGUAUCGUGCACCCGAACUACUGGUCGGCGACACGCAGUACGGAGCGCCUGUCGACGUAUUUGCAACAGGCUGUGUCGUGGCGGAAAUGCUAACUGGACAGCCCUUGUGGCCCGGCAAGUCAGAUAUCGACCAGCUGUACCACAUUAUACAGACCUUUGGCAAGCUGUGCCCUCGCCACGAGCAAGUGUUUAGCUCCAACGACUAUUUCAAGGGCUUGAAACUGCCCGAGGCUUCGCCCAGCAAAAUGCUUCCCUUGGCCUCGCGCUUUCGUGCCUACAGCAGCCCUGCCGUCAAAUUUUUGCAGAAAACCAUGGCGCCAUCGCCAACAGAGCGUUGCACUUGCACUGAGGCGCUGAACCACGAGUAUUUCGACGAUUUUCGGUACGCAUGUCCACUCCUGGCCGCCAAACGCACAUCGCAUGAUCUGCACGCCAAGGUACAAUGCAAUUUGACAUUGUGGUGCAUGCCUCGGUCAUUUUGA